ACCUUUAAGAUCAAAGGGUUUAACAAAAACCUUAGCACGUCUCCCAUUAAUCUCUAUUUCCUUUUCAUCAUAUUUCUUCUCAAAGUCUCUCAGUUCAGUCCCCAAUCCCCAAAUGGAACCACUGCUAGGGUUCAAAGAAGAAACGGUUGAAGCUUAUAACCAAGACUUUUCAUCCUCAACAAUACCUUCUAAUGCUUACAAAUUGGUGCCCUGGUUGAACUGGGCCGAGUGGGAUUCAGUGAGAAAAUCCCUCUUCUCCUCUUCUCCACGCAAGAUUUCCUCCGCUCUCUCAAGAAUAUCGACUUGGCGGAGCAGAGGUUGUUUACCGGUUGUCAUUGAUGUCACUGCUUCAAUCGUUGAAAUUCAGCAGACCGAUCCUUUUUUCCGAGGGGAUAAAUCAAAAGAUGAUUCACAUUCAGAACAAUUGCUAGCUAUGUUGUAUUGCAUGGCAAUCUUGAGGAUUGUUAACUGUGUUAUCGAGAAGACUCGUAAGAGAACUGGGAUUUCAAUUGCUGAUGCAGCUGAUGCAAUUGGUAUUCCACGAAGACUGAUUGAUGUUCGCCAUGAGGGUUCUCAUCGUGAUCUUCCAUCUCUCACAAUUGCUCGAGAUUCCUCAGUUGUGGCACUUAAUUGGCUAAAAUCCUAUUACUGGGAACCUCAGAAGAAGCAAAUUCCAUUUCAAAGAGAUGGAGUUGUUAAUUUUAGAAGAGAGAUCAAAUCAAAACUCCGUGAAUUGGCAUUGUGCAUAAAAAUCCAAAAGAAUCCUGAACUUAAAUCUUUGCUCGUCAGAGGAAAAGGUGGCGGACAAUUCAAACACCUUUGUGGCCGUAGUAAAUUCUUCUCACUUAUGGCAGGGAAGGUCAAUUCUUCCCAAUCUAGUGGUCCUAAGAAACUGAUUAGUAAAACCUUGAAAAGUCUUGUAAGUUUAUAUUCUACUUCAUCCUCGGAAGUAGUGUCUGUGUUAUUGGAAUUGUUGCUAAAGGCUUUAGAUUCUUCAAGCUCCAUGGACAUUUCAGAAGACUCUGAAAGUGGCCUGGAUAGACAUACUGCAUUGGACGAUUGGCAGCUUGUGAUAAGAAAAUUUUCGAAUAAGGAACCAGAAUUGCUUCUGGCCCUUCUUCAAAGGAUUCUUUAUAUGAUCGGGACAAAUGAGGCAUCAAAAUCCGAAACAGAAGGCCAUCCGACAGCUUCAGAGGGUAGACCGGAGGCUUGCCAAGUAGAACAUGUCUCAUCUUUGUUUGCAUGGCUAGUUAGACAUUUAGAAUUAAAAGGAAAAAGCGUGUCAAAUGCAAUUCUACUGGAGCUACUGCGUAAAUGUCUGUUGGUGGCGUCUUUACGUAACAACCAUCUCAUGGAUUCUGCCCUUCAUAUUGCACAGUUGGUUGGAAACAGUGUUCUAAUGGAGAAACUCAACAAAUUUCGUUCCUUAGGUUUGUCAAAUACAGAGGUUACUGAAGAAAAUACUUCAAAUGAGACUUGGGGAAUUGUUAGUCAAGAAGAGGAAUAUCUUAAUCAAGCAGCUAAGAAGUUAGAAGUUGUAAAACUUCGUCGAACGAAGAGCACUGCUGUGAAAACAGCAGAUGAUGUUAGAAACUCGAACAGAUGGGUUGUGGCAAAAUCAUGGAACCCAUGUCCACUUGGUAUGUUGCCUCGUACUCUUGGGUCUUCUGGUCGUAUUCCAUUGCUUGACUGCGGUAGUGACUGCCAAAAGGAUACAGAAGUAAUGGAAGGGAAGAACGAGCGGGAACUUAACCGACGAAAUGGCAAGAGAGAAGGUAGCGAUGAUAUCCAGUUAAUGAAUUUCUCAAGCCCUAAGAAGCUAAAGGAAACGGUCGAGAACAAACAUGAACAGAGUAGUGAAGGUGUUUCUUCAUCAGGUACCUGCAGGCACCUUAUGAUGGAUGGGAUCUGGAAGGAAGUUGGGGAAACAGAGGUCGAGGCUAUAGCAUCUGCUGUAAGGAUUUUGGUAUAGAAACCCUGCAUAUUAGGCAUUGCUUUAGUGUAGGUGUGAUGUGUUCAAAUUGUAUCAGAAGCUGUUGCUGAAUUGCCAUGGCAUAAAUUUUGUCAAUGGUUCUUGUCCAAUGGGUGGAGAUUAUUUUUGGUAGUAUUGAGGAAGUUGAGGUCACUGGGAGGCAAUUGAGGUUCUAAUAUGAUAUUUUCAGAUCAUCAUGCUUUUAUUUCGUUA